GUGAUGCGCAUGCGCAAAGGGGAAAGGGGGAACUGAAUUCGCUGGUACACCUGAAGAAUCUUCCAUGCAUAAUAUAGUAGCAGUACGUCCCGUAGAACACAUUAAACCAAAUCUGGACGGAAAUAUUUUACCUUGCUCUAUGUACUUCCAGCCACUGCAAGUUGGUUAACUUGGAUAAACCACGCGUGUACAGCCCGAUUUGGACUAGCAAGACUACUUGUAAAUAACUGCGUCACGACAAGCACUACUAGCCUCCAUCGCCUCACAGUUUUGGAUCAAGUAAUGCUGGCUACUGUAGGUAGCUUGUCACAAACUAGUCACUAUAUAAGAGCCACGUACUGGUCCCACCAUCAUGCCUAAGGACUCCGACAAGCCUGGGUGUGGCAAGGACAACAACACAGAGGACAGGACUGAGAUAUCUGACGACUCUCUAAUGGAGAGAACCAGCCCACCAAGGUUUGUGUCUGUGGAGGAGCUUAUGAAGACUGCCAAGGGUGUGACCAACAUGGCGCUGGCCCAUGAGAUCGUGGUGAACCAGGGCUUCCAGGUGAAGCCAGUGGAGCCACUGGAGGGAAGUUUGGAGAAAAGAAUUAAAGAUGUCAUGCACAAAGCAUUCUGGGACUGCCUGGAGGGCCAGUUGAGAGAGGAGCCGCCAUCAUAUCACCAUGCCAUUAAGCUCCUGGCGGAAAUCAAAGAAACUCUCCUCUCCUUCCUGCUGACCGGGCCGGGUCACACGCGGCUCCGCGCCCUCAUCCAGGAGGUUCUGGACCUGGAGCUUAUCCAGCAGCAGGCAGAGAACAGCGCUCUGGACAUCCGUAAAGUAGUGGAGUUUGUGGUGGGAAUGAUGGGGUCUCUCUGCGCCCCUUCCAGGGAUGGGGACAUUCGAGCACUCAAGGAUAUCACUGAUCUCGUGCCACUGCUAAGGGAAAUAUUUUUAGUCCUGGAUAAGAUGAAGAUUGACAUGGCCAACUUUGCAGUCAGCAGUAUUCGACCACAUCUCCUCCAGCAGUCGGUAGAGUACGAGAGGAACAAAUUCCAGGAGUUUCUUGAUAAACAACCUAAUGCCUUAGAUCUGACUGAAAAAUGGCUUCAAGAUGUGGUGAGGUCUUUACAAGAGAGUGGGGCAGAUGGCUCUGGUAUGGCUGCCUCCAACCCUCUCCCUCUUCUCCCUGUGAACGUUCACAACCAUGCCUUCCUUUGUCUACUGAAGUGGGACCACGCCUCAGAACCAUUCCCUGAGACAGUGCUGAUGGACCAGGUGCGUUUCCAGGAGAUGAAGAGGGAUGUGGACAGGCUGGCACUGGUGGCCACAGUGCUGCUGGUUGUGUACAACACCUCAGGAGAGGCCAUUGCUGGUCUACCGGGCCUCAUGGACACCCUGAAGAACACCAUCCACACCCUACUCACUGACCUCCACCAGCCCUCCUUCAGGGCUGCCGAUGCUUUAGCGACCAUAGCAGAACGGCUGUGUGUGGAUCUGGGUGAGGUUCUGGCUCAACAUGGCUUCACCCCAUUCUCCUCUGACCGUCAGAGGGUGCUGAAGGGACAGAUUUCUGCAGUGGCACACUCCGACAACGCCGUACGCAAGGUCAUAGACUCUCGUAUCCAGACUUACCUGUUGGGGGUCCUGGAGUCCAGCGUUCACAAGAGCGCCCCCUCCUUGCCCGGAGGUUUAGCACCUAUCAGCAAAGAGCUGGAAGAGUUGGCUGUAAAGUUUGGUCGUCUGGUUAACCUCAACAAGCUAGUUUUCUCUCCAUUCUACCAGCAGAUCUUUCAAAAAAUCCUUAAAGAUGACGUCACAGCUUAAACACUGAACAGAUGCCUCAGACACCAGGAUAAGGAUGUGGCUGUUAUUAGUAAAUGUACCUUAGUAGUAUUACAUACGUUCACAAUCAACUGUAGGAUCUCCUCAGCUGCAUUUGAAAUAAAUAAUUGAAAAGAUUGAUCAGCAUACUUUUCUCCCUAGCCUUGCCGUCAAUGAAUGCCAUCCCCAGUGGUGUACCACACAGUUGCAGAAUCCCAGUAUGAGAAACAUAUCACACCCAUUCUGAGCAAUGUUUUGAGCCUAAACAGCAACUAGUAGAGCAACUGCAUGUUUCUUUGUCUUGGUAUGACUACAGCAAUUUGAGAAAAACCAGGAAUAGGGGCCUGUACUUGUGAGAUACAGAUGCUAGUAUAUGGUUAUAACCAGGAUCCUUAUAGAGAUGUCUUAAAAAUUAGGCAUCUCUACAACAGAUUUAGUCGGGUUUGUGUCCAAAUGCACUAGUGUAUGUGUUUUCUAAUCCUACACAAUUUUGAGAUGUGCCUCCUAGAUCAAGUGCUAAGGGCAAGAGAAGAAACACGUUCGACACUGUAUUGUUCCUUGAUGAAUGACGCACCUUACAAAGAGUUAAGAUGAUGUUAGAGAAAACAGCAUUUUGUUGAGGACCAAUAUUUUUGUAAAUGUUUUAACAAAAACGUUUUUUUAAUUUAUUUGUAUUCCACUUCAAGGCUGUUAAAAUACGUCACACGUCACUAGUUUGCUAAAUGAGUUAUAAAUGUUGUCGCGCAAUCUAUUGAAUUUAUUGAUUUUUGGUGCAGGGAUAUGUGACCCUCUGACUCAAGCCAGCUACUGUUAUUUAUUCGAUGUUUAGUCAAAAGUGUUUAGCACUAAUGAUAACCUUAAAUUAAUAAAGCCAUC